AUGGCUGCAGAAAUACCUCGUAAGCUCUGGGAACAUCCUAACCCUAGGGCUACUGCGAUGUGGGCAUUCAAGGAGAGUUUAGAGAAAGAGAAGAACGUCAGCCUUCCGACUUAUUAUGACCUCUACACCUGGUCUGUGACGAACCGCGCUGCGUUCUGGGACUUUAGCUGGAGAUAUUUCCCCAUCAUUCACGAAGGCUCCUAUACUAUUGUCGUGGAUGAAUCUGCUCGCAUCGAUAGCAUUCCCAGCUGGUUCAAAGGCGUCCGGCUCAAUUUCGCCGAAAACAUGCUUUUCACGGCCGAGAAGUCACCAGCUGGAACCCAGCUCAUCACAACAGCCGGCAAAGAGGACAGCAAAAUCGUAGCUACUCAGGUUCGUGAAGGAGCCGCGGAACCUGCCAUCUCCGUCACCUGGUCUCAAUUGAGACAGCGGACUGGGAAAUUACUCCAGGCGCUCAAGGCUGCCGGGUUAGCAAAAGGAGACCGUGUGGCGGUGGUCGCCAGUAACAGCAUCGACACUCUAGUCGUCUUCUUGGCCACCACGGCCCUGGGAGGCCUGUUUUCAUCCGCUUCCACUGAUACCGGUGUCAAAGGCAUUCUAGAUCGGCUUGUGCAGAUCAAGCCGAAAUUCGUGUUCUUCGACGAUGCCGCCGUCUAUAAUGGAAAACACAUCGAUCUGCGCCCGAAAAUCACCGACGUCAUCAACGGUCUCAAGGACACAUCCGAAUUCAAGAGCCUAAUUACCCUCCCCCGGUUCCCUGACCACCCAGUCGACGUGACAAGCCUGCCGAAAACGCAGCCCCUAGCACAGCUCUUAGCCACCGCGCCCUCCGACAAGCUGGAGUUUGUUCGCGUAGGGUUCCGCGACCCCUUCCUGGUAGCGUUCAGCUCAGGAACCACGGGAAAACCAAAGCCAAUAGUCCACGGCGUCGGCGGGUACCUUCUCAACUCAAACAAAGAAUCCCGUUUACAUCGCAGCCAUGGCCCCAACUCUGUAACCCUUCAGUUCACAACUACAGGUUGGAUCAUGUACAUGUCCGCCAUCUCGGGUCUGUUAUUCGGCGGCCACACCAUCCUCUACGACGGGAGCCCCUUUUUCCCCAAUCCAAAAAUCCUGAUACGUCUCUUGGGAAGGUACAGGGUCACUCACUUCGGCACAUCCCCUCGAUACCUACACGAGCUACGCAAGAACGGCAUCUCCCCGCGUACCGAAGAAGACCUUCGCUCCCUCGUCGGCGUCACAAGCACAGGGAUGGUCCUUCCGGAUUCCCUAGCCGAAUGGUUCUAUGACGCCGGUUUUCCGCCUCACGUCCAACUCGCUAAUAUUUCAGGCGGCACAGAUUUAGCCGCUUGCUUUGGGCUAGAAAAUCCAAUUACACCGCUCUACCUCGGUGGAUGCCAGGGUCUCCCGCUGGGCAUCCCUGUUGAAGUUUAUGAUCAAGCAGAUGAAGGCGCGUCAGGUGUCAAAGGUACGCCUGUUCCUGAUGGUAUCCCUGGAGAGCUUGUAGCCACGGCAGCGUUUCCAACCAUGCCUGUCAAGUUCCUCGGCGAGGACGGGGAAAAGAAGUAUUUUGAUUCGUAUUUUGCGAGGUUUGACAACGUCUGGACCCAUGGCGACUUCAUCUCCAUCCAUCCGAUCACAAAGCAAAUCUUCUUUCUCGGCCGCUCUGAUGGCGUGCUAAACCCCUCUGGAAUCCGGUUCGGUUCCGCCGAAAUCUAUAACGUGAUUGAGACGCAGUUCGCCAAUGAGAUCGUGGACUCAUUAGCUGUUGGACAGCGACGGCCCCAAGACUCUGAUGAGUCUGUGAUUCUGUUCUUGCUUAUGAAGCCGGGGUUUAAGGUCACCAAAGCAUUGAUCGAACGAGUUAAGGAGGCUAUCAGGAAGGCUCUGAGUGCGAGGCAUGUGCCGAAAUAUGUGUUUGAGACACCUGAGAUCCCGACGACUGUGAAUCUCAAAAAGGUUGAGUUGCCUGUGAAACAAAUAGUUUCUGGGAAGAAGAUAAAGCCUUCGGGGACGCUACUAAAUCCGGAGAGCUUGGAGUACUAUUACCAGUUUGCGGAUGUGGAGAGGUUGGCUGAAACAGUGUCGGCUAGUUAG